AUGCCUUCUUACCGGUCCCUCCGCCUUCAACGCCGGCACCGGGGGAGCCAGAAUCGGGCCCAAUCCGAACCUCCUUCGGAUCCCCCGGCCUUUAAUCCGGAGGAGACUUUUGAUCCGGCCGAGGCGUUGCCGGCCACCCAGGCCACCGCGACGUUAGAGAGGACGUCCCAGGCCUCCCAGGAGGCCGGGAAACGCAACGACUGGUCUGUUGAUCAGCUUUUGACCUUCCUCGAAAGCCUUGCGGAGUCGGGCCGCCAAGGGAUGAUGAAUCCGGCGAUAACUUCCUGGCUUUCCAAGUGCUUAAAAAUCGCGGCGAUGACACCGUCGACUCGUUGGCCCUUUAUCCGGUGGUUUAACAGGGUUAAAAACAAGUAUAACAGCCUCAAAAGCCAGUACCGGGACUGGGUUGACUUUGGGAAAAGGUCCGGAGUUUCCGUUGAUCCGGUAACGGGCCUGUACCUCGCCAGCGACUACGCCUGGGAGGCGUUCUUUGCCGUGCGGCCCAACGCUCGUUGGAUGCGCAGAAGGCCUCUUUUCCGGCCGGACCUUCACGAGGCCGCCUUUGCAGGCCGUUGGGCGACGGGGCAACAGAUCGCUACGGCCGCCCAACGCUUGGCCGAAGAGGACAGCGACGAGGGUCCGGCACGUUAG